AAUUUUUUCAAUAGCAUGUACAAAACAAGUUUUAUUAGAUAAUUUAAGUUCAUUUCGUAAUGGCUUUGCCACUGAAGCAGCCUCAUUUUGUGUUGGUUCCACUUCUGGCUCAAGGGCACAUGAUCCCCAUGGUUGACAUAGCAAGGAUUUUGGCAGAGAGAGGUGUUAUCAUCACAUUGAUAAGUACCCCUAACAAUGCCUCAAGAAUGGGGCAAACCAUUGUUAGAGCAGCAAAAUCUGGCCUUCCAAUUCAGCUCCUACAAGUUCCAUUUCCAUGCCAAAAAGUAGGACUUCCAUUAGGCUGCGAAAACCUUGAUGCUUUACCAUCAAAAAACCUUCUCAGAAACUUCUAUAUUGGCCUUGACAUGAUGCAAGAACCUGUGGAGCAGUACCUUCAAAACCACCCUUCUCCUCCAAGUUGCAUUAUAUCAGAUAAAUGCCUCUCUUGGACUUCUGUAACAGCCAAGAAGUUCAACAUUCCAAGGCUUGUCUUUCAUGGGAUGUCGUGUUUUUCAUUACUUAGCUCCUAUAACAUCAAGCUCUACAAUUCUCAUCUUUCUUGCUCUUCUGAUUCAGAACCUUUUCUCAUUCCGGGACUGCCCCAGAGGGUUGAGAUAACCAAAGCUCAGCUCCCUGGAGCCUUUUUUUCUCUGCCUGAUUUGGAUGAUUUUAGACACAAAAUGUUGGAGGCCGAAAUGUCUGCUUCUGGGGUUGUGGUAAACAGCUUUGAAGAAUUGGAACAUGGUUGUGUAAAGGAGUAUGAGAAGGCCUUGAACAAGAGAGUUUGGUGCAUUGGUCCUGUGUCUUUAUCCAACAAGGAUAGUUUGGACAAGUUUGAGAGAGGAAACAAACCUUCAAUUGAAGAGAAGCAAUGCUUGGAAUGGCUGAACUCAAAGGAGCCAAGAUCAGUUAUUUAUGCAUGCCUUGGCAGCUUGUGUAGGCUUGUUACGUCUCAAUUGAUAGAAAUUGCUUUGGGUUUAGAAGCAUCAAAUCAACCAUUUAUAUGGGUGGUAAAAACUGCGGGAGAAAAUAUUACAGAGGUAAAUAAUUGGUUAGAGAAUGAAAAUUUUGAUGAAAGGGUAAGAGGAAGAGGAAUUGUCAUAAAGGGAUGGGCUCCACAGACAUUGAUAUUGUCUCACCCUUCGGUUGGUGCAUUCUUGACCCACUGUGGCUGGAAUUCAACCAUAGAAGGCGUGUCAUCUGGGUUGCCCAUGAUAACAUGGCCUUUAUUUGCUGAGCAAUUCUUGAAUGAAAAAUUUAUUGUGCAAGUCUUGAAAAUUGGAGUUAGAAUUGGUGUGGAGGUUCCGGUGAGAUGGGGUGAUGAAGAGAAAGUUGGUGCAAUGGUGAAGAAAACUAGAAUCACUGAGGCUAUAGAGAUGUGCAUGGCGGGUGGAGAAGAGGGGGAAAACAGGAGGAAUAGAGCAAUAGAGCUUGGAAAGAUGGCAAGAAAUGCCAUGGUGGAGGAAGGUUCUUCUCACUUCAACGUUUCAUGCUUAAUUCAAGACAUUGUCAACAUUAAUUAGUGUUAAUUAAUUAAUAUGUGAAACAUCUGGGUCAAGGUCUUCGUUGUCUACCCGGUAACUAACAUGGGAUAUACGUUUGUUUAUCCUUCUGUCAUUUUC